AUGUAUAUCAACACCAAGGCCGGUAUCUCCAAGCCUGAGGAUUUGGCCGGGAAAAAGAUUGGAAUACCCGAAUACCAAAUGACGGCUGCAGUGUGGCAACGGGGAAUUCUUGAAGAUGAAUAUGGCGUCAAUCCAAGCCAGGUCCAAUUCUACGUGGGUGCAAUCGAGGAAGUGGAAAGUGACGUGCAAAGGAUCAGCAAAGUUCCGCAUUCCCUGCCGGAGGGCGUGACAGUGACUGCAAUCCAAAAGGGCCAAAAUCUCUCUGAGAUGCUUGCCAACGAGGAAAUCGAUGCUAUCUUCAGUGCUAGCCAGCCCUCAUCUAUGGAAACAUCUGACAAUGUCGCUCGUCUGUUCCCCAAUUUCAAAGAAGUGGAAGCGGAAUACUACGAGAAGACCAAGAUCUUCCCCAUCAUGCACGUUAUCGCCCUUAAAAGAGAUCUUUACGAGGCACAUCCGUGGAUUGCAAAAAGCUUGACCAAGGCAUUCGCGCAAAGUCUCAAUAUCGCCUAUGAAGCCCUGGAGGAGCGCUCGGCACUUCGAUAUAUACUGCCAUGGCUCGAGGAUCAUGUCAUUGAAACCAAAAAGCUAAUGGGCGGGAACUCCCGAUGGUGGCAGGAUGGGUUCGCAGAGAACAAACAUGUAAUUUCCAAGUUUUUGGAUUAUCACUACAGACAGGGGUUGUCCCAGAGACUGUUUCAGGCGGAGGAGAUCUUUGCCCCGAAUACUCUGGAAUCGUUUGUGAUGUAA